CGAUCCUCACCGAUCCUUUUUGAUCGGCAGAACUCUUGUAUUUAUUUGGCCGAUUGGCCCUUUGUUGAAGUGAGAAGAAAUUUACCCUACAAUACUCUUUCUUAUGCUUUACAAAGUCAAAGUUAAUACAUAUGUAAUGUUCCCGUUAGUGUAAGCAUGUUUACAUGGGUUACAUGCUUUGCAUGGCCCAUGCACAUGUCUCUCUCUCCCAUCCUUCACACUCAUGUAAUAUAUAUAUGUGUACGCAUGUGUGUGUCUGUGCGCCAUACGUAUGCUAUGGAAUAAGCAAAUUUUUGUAUUUUACAGGACUUACCCUCGAGGAAUCUGAUUGGGCUUGGUAAAUUCCGUGAUGGUCUUUAUUACCUCGAGGCUCCAAAGGUCGAAGGGGUGGCAAUGUCAGUCUCUAUUACUUCAGAUAUAUGGCAUCAACAUUUGGGUCAUGCAUCAGAUGGAAAAUUACAUCACAUCAAGUCUCUCAAAGGGUUUAGUCGGAGUAACAACCUUUGUGAUCCCUGCAUACGAGCUAAGCAAACUAGACUAUCUUUUCCUACCAGUACCAUUAAGACAUCUCGUAGUUUUGAGUUAAUACACUGUGAUAUCUGGGGAGUUUAUAGAUGUGAUUCUAUUUCCGAUGCACGAUACUUCCUAUCUAUAGUUGAUGACUUUACUAGAGGUGUAUGGGUUUAUUUAAUGAAAAAUAAAUCUGAAGUUCCGCAACUUUUGAUUCAAUUUUGCAAAAUGGUUGAUACCCAAUUUGAACAAAAGGUCAAACGCGCACGAGCUGAUAAUGGUGUGGAAUUUAAAA